CAAUUUUUUCUUUUUAUCAAAAAAAUAAAUAGAAAAUGAACAAUUUCUUCGUAAUUUAACAUAAUAAACCAAAUCUUGUAAUAUUCAUUCGUGUACAAAGUAUUUUAAUUUGUUUAUCUACAUAAUGGAAGACGUAAUAGAAGAUAAAACUAAUAUAAACCAAGCAAGAGUUAUUUGUAUAUGUUGUUUAUCAACAUCCGUACCUUUAAUAAAACUUUUAAACUGUAAACAUGUGUUAUCGUUUGCAAAAAUCAUAGACAACAAGUUUCAGGUGGAGUUCAAGGAUGCAUACGCAUGUUACCUUUGUCAUAAUUUGAUAAAAAGAAUUGAUAUAUUUAAGCACCAAGUUGAAGAAUCUAUUUCAACUUUGUACGAAGUGCACAAAAAAUUAACUAUAGAACCGAAGUUAUUCCAAAUAGCACCAAUUGAAAUUAACUUUACAACAAACAAUGAACCUAUAAAAAAUAUAUUCAACCAAAUUAUAAAUAUAAAAACAGAAAUAACAGAGAUAAAAUACGAAGAGGAUUGCACAGAUUAUGAUGUACCUUUAAAGAUUAAAAAGAUAAAAGGUACAAAAAAAGUUAAAGGUACAAAAAGAGGUCCUAAUUAUGAAGGGAAAUUGAAAAUUGUUAUGUUAAGUUAUGAAGAGAUGAUGGAAGAAAGAAAGAAGGAAUCGGCAAAGAUAUCUUAUAUUAAUUUACCUUUUAAAUGUGAAGAUUGCGUUAUGGGAUUUGAUCAUGAAGUUACGUUAAAUAUGCAUAUCAUACAAAGACACAGUAAUAAAGAAAGUGGUUACGUUUGUGAUAUAUGUAAUUCAGUUUUAAGUACAGAUGCAUCUCUUAAGGAACAUAAGAAACGACAUAUAAGACGUUAUGAAUGCUUAGAAUGUGGUCUACGGAAAGCUGAUUUACAUUACGUUAUUAAGCAUUACAAAGAGGAACAUGGUCCCAUACAUACAAUCCAUACAUGUGUCGACUGUGGAUUUACUACAGAAUCUAACCGUACAUAUAGAUAUCAUAGGGAGAAACAUCGUAGUAAGAAGAAAUGUAGACAAUGUGGUAACACUUUUGCCAAUCCGAGUGCACUCCGGACACAUGUAUUUACAGUACACAGUAAAUCAGGUCGUACGUACAUAUGUGCUGUUUGUGGUAAGACGUAUCGUGCUAAAUCCAGUCUGGUGGCACAUCAGACCUUGCACGCGACAGGACCAACUCCUGACAGCUUCUGUGUCACCUGCAAGAUACAUUUUAGGAACGCGUUAGCUUUGAAACAUCAUCUCAAGACACAUUCCAAGCAUGUUAGAGAGGCUGAUAAGAAAUUUACUUGUGAAGAAUGCGGUUUGAAAUUUUUACUUAAGAGAUUAUUAGAAGAACACAUUGAUUGGGAACAUUUGAAGAGAGAAAAAUAUGUCUGCGAAGAUUGUAGUAAGGUAUUUAAAAAUAAAUCAGCUCUAAAAAGACACAAAAGUUACGUUCACGAUAAGAAAAGACCUCCAAAGAAUAAAAUAUGCGAUCAUUGUGGACAAGGAUUUACUACUUUACAAAUAUUACGUACCCACGUGCGCACACAUACAGGAGAAAGACCUUUACAAUGUACUAAGUGUCCCGCGACAUUUGCGCACAAUGGAGCACUUUACACGCAUAAUAAAUUGCUGCAUACGAAUAAAUAGUGCCCCCGGAGCAAUGGUUAUUGAGUUCGUGCCCCCAAAUGUGGGGUCACUGAAACUGUUAUGAGUUUCUAAAAGUUUACGUGAAUUUAUGACGAGUUAGUAACUACAGUGCGGGAAUUACUUAUGUUUUAUGAGUUUUGUAAAUUGAUAUUGAGUUUGUGCCCCCACAUUGUUAAUUUGAGUUGUAUAGAGUUUAGUGCCCCCAAGUAUUGGACAUCAGUUCUUUCUAGAUUUUGUUUUCAUUGUGGGGUCACAGUUAAUUUUAAGUUUUUGCCACUAGUUAGUAAUGAGGUUAGUGGGGUCACUGUUAUUUUGUAAUAAGUUUUGUGCCCCCACAAUGGGGUCACUGGUACUUUGUAAAUAAGAUGAAAUAAAAUACAUUAU